AUGUAUGUGUGUGGUUGGGGGGGGGGGGAAUACAAGUUGGUCAAGCGAACAUGGAGGAAUCGCGGGAAUGGCUUAGACAUGAAUGUCCGCAAAGCGUGGGAGAUGGGCUACACGGGUAAACGAGUGGUGGUCACUAUACUAGAUGAUGGCAUCGAGAAGGACCAUCCAGAUCUUUACAAGAACUACGACGAGAAUGCCAGCUACGAUGUCAACGGGCACGACCCAGACCCACAACCUCGCUAUGAUUAUACUAACGAAAACAGACAUGGUACAAGGUGUGCUGGAGAAGUGGCCGCUCAAGCUGACAAUCAUGUCUGCAGUGUAGGAGUGGCUUUCAAUGCUAGGAUUGGAG